AUGGAUGUCUUCACGGGUCGCUACAAUUCCAAGCUGGCGGGCUUCUACUUCGGACCACUGCCUUUGGUGGUCACCAGUGACUAUGAAGCUGCCAAGGAGGCCUUCAACAACCCCAGUCUGCAGGGCCGCAUAUCCAACAUCGCCAUCAAGCAGAGGAUGCCGCAUGAGGACCUCGGCAUAAACUUCAGAGUGGGCCCAGAACUGAUGGAGCAGCGUCGCUUCACGCUGAGGUACCUGCGGGACUUUGGCUUCGGACGGCGCUCCGACCACCUGGAGUCGGAGAUCGAGGCUGAGAUGAUGGAACUGGUGGAGCUCAUCCGGGGAGAACGAAAGGAUGAGGCUGUGGUGCAACCACCAUCAGGAGGAGACGGGAGCCUGCACGUUCUACUGCCGGAUACUCUUUUCCCCGGCUUCAUCAACGGCUUCAUGCCGGUGGUGGCGGGCAGCCGGCUGCCACGGACAGCAGACGGGAUGUGCCGCUACCUGGGGCACGCAGGCCUGCAGACGGCCAGGGCUGGAGACGCCACAGGCGGUUUCCUCACGCUGCACUCCGCACUGGCCUCCAUCGCGCCCAAGAUGUCCGCCUACCACGACACGGUCGAGUCCGCCGAGAAGAUCCUGACCUACUUUCAUGGAACUGUAGUGGUGGCCAACUUAUGGAGCAUGCACAUGGCCAAUGGUGUGUGGGGAGACCCAGAGAAAUUCAGACCAGAGAGAUUCCUCAACAGCGAUGGAACUCUCUGCACCAGGGAUCUCACGUUACCUUACAGCACUGGAAAGCGGUUGUGCCCUGGGGAGACGUUCGCCAGACAGAACAUGUUCCUCAUGCUGGCAGCCCUUCUGCAGAGUUUCUCAGUUCGAGCUGACGGCCUGCCACCUCUGCACUGCAACAUCCCGGAGGCUAUCGAGACCCUGUCUGCCUUCUGGGCUCAGUUAGAGAUCCGGUAA